CAAUCUUUUGCCACUCGACACCAAUAGCAUGUCACAAAUACCGACCAGUCCGUCUACUCCCUGCGGCGCAAAGCCUUGGUCUGCCAAAGCUAUCCCGCACUUCGUGCCGGCCGAGUCUCUAAAUAUUCCGGGAGAUCCAUGCAUUGAUCUCUAUUACAAGCAUUUCCAUCGACAUCAUCCGUGCGUCCUCCCACAGACACAUCUAGAGAGACUGUUAGAGGAUUCUUCCAGGCAGGUCAGCCUGAAGCCUCUAAUUUCGGUUAUGCGCUUCGUCGGAUCGUUGUACGCUCGAUUAGAACAGGGUAAACCACUGGUUGAGGAUACUAUCAACGUUUGCGUGGCCACAGAACAAUGUUCGCGGGAUCCUUUCACAGUACAAUAUCGGCUCAUCUACUCUAUCACACUUUACUGGUGCGGCGAACAUGUUCGUUCCCGGGAAGAGAUGAAUCGGGCGAUAGAGCUAGCACUGGAGCUCGGAAUGCACCGUCGGAGUUUUGCGACUCAGCAUGGACAUGGUGAUUCGGUGCGGGAGGAAAGCUGGAGAAGAACGUGGUGGCAGCUGUACAUCGUGGAUUCGUGGUAUGCAGCCAUAAAGCACGUACGAAUUUGCCCAACGUAUUGCGUGGAUGUUACUACCGAGCUGCCUUGCGAAGAAGAAGAAUAUGAGUCUGGGGCAAUACCUCCUCCAAAGACACUGGAAGAAUUCGAUUCUCGAGAAUUUUCAGCCAUCAACCAGGUCUACUCGUCGUUUGCCUAUCUGAUUGGUAUUACUCACGACCUUUACACAGUAAUGGCGGGUCUCGAGUGGGACACCUCGAACGACUCCGCUUCCAAUGUUGCUGAGAUGAUAGAUGUUGUGAUUGAAGGAUGGUUGCUCCUCCUUCCGGAGUCAAAACGCCAAAUCCUCUCUAGGAAUGGCGAAUUCGAUGAAUUGAUGUUCCAGGCCAACAUGGCAAUCCAUGCGUUGACACUGUCAAACCAUAGACAAUUCUCGGCGCUUGCACUCAAUCCAGUCGAGCGGAUAUCAAGCUGUUUGUCAAACGCUCCAGACAACUGUUUCUGUACUAGUGUUGACUACGAGACAAUCCACACGGCACGUUGCCUCCAAGCGAUCGAGGCCCAGAUCCGAUUGAUAUCCCUACCAAUACGACCGUACGCUCAUACACCUUUCGUGAUCUGUAUGCUUGCCACUGGCACAAUCUCACUUCUGUCGGCCUGCAAAUACUUUCUGACUGGUCAGAAGUUGGCUGUCGCUCGACAUCAGAUCAAAAUGAGCCUUGGGUAUAUCAAAUCGCUCUCAAAGGUCUGGCCGCAGGCACAAACGACUGUGCAAGAGAUCCAAACCAUUGCACGAGAGGUACUGGAAAAAUCCUCCCAGAAUCACCCUUGUAUUCCGUGUCUGGACACAAUACCUCCCAAUUGCAGCAUACAACCAUCCCUCAGUCCAGGCUUUGAUGUCUCUCAAGACUCGAGUGCUUGCGGCCUAGCUAUGCCUUUCUUGGAGAUUCUCGACACUGAAUUUCAUCUAAGUGACACACAAGCGGAUACGACGUGGUUUUUGGCUGAUGACCACGAAUCUUGAGUCUCUGGAUCAAUUCCAUGAUUUAGUUAUUGAGGCAACGCCAACUCCAUCAUCGUCGGGGUGCACCUAGCUAGAAAGCUGAUCGCAGGCUGUGAAACUCUUCUAGAUUACGUGUGGGGUUUUCUGCUAUGUUGAGGCACCAGAACAAUUUUCCCUCGCUCUGUCGGUGCAUUCGAGGAAUACUUGUAAGCCUGCCUUGCAUCCGCCAACGGCAUCACGCGCGCCACAAAGGAUUUCA